GGUUUAUGCCGCCGCAUGCCGAAUGAACUUGUUACAAAGGCAUAGGCAAGGCAGUAUAUCAUAGCCGGCGGCGAUCGAUUACCAGAACCCUCCACAUGGAUCUGUUUCUCGAAGCUGCUCCGCCCUUCUGAAAGCUGAGCCUCCAUUCGUUGCUGUUUAAUGACGUCACACCCUCUACGGGCGCUGAUUGGCCAGCGUUGUCCGGCGCUGCGAAGGCUCGUCUCUGGUGAUUUCUGUCGUCGAGAAAGCUCCGGUCAGCUGUGGAGGGCGGGCGGCGUGGUUUAUAUUCUCGCUUUCGGCCCGCAGAGGCAACCAGUCGGAUUUGAGCCUUCAAAGAGCGAGCGGAGCUCACGUGAGUUUUCAGCGACAAGCAUGGAUACGUUCCUGUUUUUCGAGCCCUACGGCCGCCGGUGGGCGCCUCGGCGGGACAUCAGUUCCCACGGACCGCUGAGCUUCUGGGACCCGUGGUCAACUUUUGCUGAGCUGGACGGGCCCGUCUGGCGCCCAUUCACGCACGUCCCAGGACAGCAGUGUCUGAGGGGUCCUCAGCAGGAGCAGCAGCAGCAGGUGAAGAAAGCCGAACCGGAGAAGAACGAGGGCUUCAAGCUAGCUCUGGACGCUACUGGCUACAAGCCGGAGGAAGUCAGCGUGAAGCUGUCGGACGGCGUGGUCACGGUUCGCGCCCGCCACCACGAGAAGACCAGCGGCGGUCUGGUGACCAGCAGCAUGGUGCGCCGUGUCCGGCUGCCGGACAAUGUCGACGCCAGCGCUCUGAGCUCCCGGCUGACCCGCGAGGGCCAGCUGGUGCUGGAGGCUCCUCCGGUCGGCUCCAAGGAGGCCAUCAAGGCGCCCGAGGAGAAGAAGGCGGUGGAGGCGGCGCCGGCCCCGGAACAGAUGCAGGUGGCUGAGCCGGUCGAGAAGCCUCAGUUCCAGGUGGGUGUGGAUGUCAGCGCCUUCAAACCGGAGGAGGUGAGCGUCAAGGUGGACGGCGGCGUGGUCACCGUGGACGCCCACCGCGAGGAGAAGUCUGAGGAGGGCUGUUCCAGCAUGCGCAUGGUGAGGAAGUUCACUCUGCCGCCCGGCGUCAACCCGGACCUGCUGAAGUCCCGGCUGACCUCCUCGGGUCAGCUGAUGGUGGAGGCGCCCGAGAGCGAGCCGCCGGCCAAGGAGGGUGGCGAGGGCGCCAUGGAGACUGCCUAACUCGCCCGGUCCCCCUUCCCCUCCCCGGCCCACCGGCGACCCCUGCAGUAGCUGCCGCCGGGCCGGUGCGGAGCUGUGCUACCUACCUACGUGUCUGAGGCGCGGGGAAGCGCCCUGUCUCGGUUCGUUUGUUUUGUAGUCCGGUCUUGUUCGCGGCACGGGCUUGAUUUGUGAUGGGAAGUGAUUUGUAAAAUGUUACUGAUGGUCUGCCACAUUACCACGUUGCUUUCUGUGAAUAAACGCUUUAUGAUGAAUAAAA